GAAAAACGAAAGCAGAGAAGCUAAGGAAAAUGGAGGAUUGAUUCGGAAAGUAGAUCAAGUCGAGUAAGAAGAAGAAUCGCGAAAAGCCAUUAGGGCAGUUUGGUGGGAGCUCCAACAUGUCGGAGGCCCUCCUCUUAUCGCUGAUACAGAAACUAGAGGACAAACCAAAUGAGGAUGAAACAGAUGAGGAUGGGACAGAUGAGGAUGGGGAUGAAACAGAUGAGGAUGUGGAUGAAACUAUUUUAGUAUUUCUCAAUGAGCAAAUAGAAAAUAUUAUUAAAGAGAUUAGAGAGAUUGUGGAUAUUGUGAGGGAUAAGAAGUUGGAAGAGGGUAGAACCCUAAAUUUUUUGGUAUGUGACCUUGUGGGCAUGGCUGACGAUGCCCUUCGCAUUUUCCGAUUUGGCAAAAGCAUUGGUAGUUGUUACAAAGACGACUAUGAGUCCAUCCAUAGAUGGAUCGGAGAGAUCAAGAAGCAGAUGCUGAAACUGGGAGAUGAUGAGUCCAACAUGAGAUCAUCAGAAAAUGUUGAAGAUGAUGUAGAUGUGGUGGGCUUCGAGGAAGAUCUGGAAAUGCUGGUGCUCGGAAGUAUUGUUGGUGGGGAACUAUGGCUGAAGAAUGUUCUUAUCAUAGGGAUGGCUGGCAUUGGAAAGACAACUCUUGCUAGAGAGAUAUUCAACCACCCAACCGUCAAAGAGCAAUUUGAGCGUCGUGCUUGGGUUUCUAAUUCUACUUACUUCACUCUUAAAGAGCUACUUAUCAAACUCAUACAACAAGUAGCAGUAGAAGAUCCUGAGAAUCUCCAUACAUCUUCCUCAUUGGAGGAUAUGGACAACCGGAGUCUCCGAGGUAUGCUUUGGCGACUCCUGCAUGAAACGCAAUAUCUUAUAGUUCUCGAUGACGUGCCAAAACAAAUGAACUUGAAGUCUUUCUGGGAUGAUCUUCCACACGAAUGGAGGGGAAGUAGAUUGCUGGUCACAAGUCACACGAAGCAUAUGGACCUACAUGUAGACAAAGAAGAUUUUCAUAAGAUGAAAGCUUUGGAAUCUAAAAAGAGCUGGCAAUUGUUUUUGAAAACAAUAAACCAUGGCAAUAAAUUGACGGGUGACCACAAAUUCCCAAUGGACUUGGAGCAUAUGGGAAAACAAAUGCUGAGAAAAUGUGGUGGUCUGCCAUUAGCUAUAAAAGAGGUGGGAAAGCAGUUAGCGGAAAAGAAAGUCUCGGGGGAGAGUGAAUGGGAAGAACUUCUUGUAUCAGUUGAUUUUGGUUCAACAUUGAAGUUAUUGGAACCAUUUUAUCAAAAAUUGGAUCCGAAGUUGGAUCCAUGUUUCAUGUGUAUGUCCUUUUUCAAGGAGAAUACAACUUUGAGGGCAGAAAAAUUGAAACAGAUUUGGAAUGCAGUAGGAGUAGUGGAUUAUGAAAAAAAUUGUAAACCAUAUUUAGAUGGUUUAGUUAAUGAAUCUGUUAUUGAUGUCAAGGAAAAGAGCACGGAGUAUGCCAUGAAUGUUGUGCUACACAUGCUAUCCAUUCAAAAAGCAGAGGAGAAACUUGGUUUUGAGAUCCUAAGGAACAAUGGAAAUAAUCGACCCUGUGAGAGUCCUCGUUAUCAUCGUGUUAUCAUUUGUAGCAGAGACAAAUUCAACUACUCCACGGAUCAAGAUAAACAUCUUGUUUCUCUCUUCUUCCAUGGAGGUGGCUUCUUCGACACUAGUCCGUGUUAUUGGAAGAGCUUUGAACAACGACUUAGGAUACUAGAUUUGGAAGAUUUUGGGUUGAAGUUUUUACCUGAAACUAUCGGCAAAUUGAUGGAAUUAAGAUACUUGGGAUUGAGAAACAAUUACUUACAAGAGCUCCCAGACUCGUUGGGGUGUUUGGAAAAGCUUGAGGUUCUUGACAUAGCUCAAAACUUUAUGGUGGAGGUGCCAGAUAUUAUAUGGAAAAUGAGUAAGCUUCACCACCUCUACUUGUUCGAUGUUAUUUCCCGAAAUCCUUUGAAGAUAGAAGCCCUACAGUAUCUGGAGACCUUAACCUACGUCUCGGUUGAUAAUUGGACAUAUGAGCUCUCGCGCUUAAGAAUGUUGGCUCGCCUUCACAAAUUGGGCAUAGAAGAAUUUGAUGGAAACUCGGAUGUAAGCAAGCUCUUUGUAUCAUUGGCUGUGUUGGAGGGUCUUGACCACCUAAUCUUAAGAGGGUAUCGUUUCAGAAGCAUGCCUUGUUUGGAUGAGCUUGCUAUUCUACAGAGGCUCAAAACACUCAAAUUGGAUGGACUCCUUGCCAGGUUACCAAAUAAUCUCCCUCUAAAUAUUGAAUCAUUGACGUUGGUUAAUAGCUGUCUUGAUGAAGACCCCAUGCCACUACUAGAGAAGUUACCCAAGCUAGAGUACCUCAAAUUGCUUAAUGCAUACACUGGUCAAGAAAUGGUUAUCUUGCACCACGGCUUCCCUCGUCUUAAAGUCCUGUGCCUCAAAGAGUUGUGGAAUCUGAGAAAUAUACAAUGUGGAAAAGAUGCAAUGUAUUGGCUCAUGAAAUUAGAAAUCUAUGAUUGUCCAUAUCUGGAUAUCCUCCCCGAAGCGAUUGAGAGGAUGAACAUGCUGAAGGAGUUAAAGAUGGUGACAACCAAAAACAUUGCAGCAAAGAUCAUGAAUUCAGACUUGAUCUCCGAAAUAGUUUUGGUGAAUAUCAAUCCAUGAGCUAGCUAGCACAUUUGUCUGCAUUAUUGUUACGUACGUUUUGCUUGUUGGCAUUAAUUUGAAAAGUUUCUACCUAGAUUUUCCCCUUGGUGGUUCAUGUGUUUGUGAUGACGUUUAGUUGUGCGACAAUUGUGGUUUCUUGAUAUCUUGUUUGUACUAUGUUUGUCCCUCGA